CUCGGCUAAUUUGCAUCACGUGACUACACUCAAUUGGAGGUUUGGUCACGUGACACCUGACUUGAUUAGGUUCAGGUGAGGUGUCUGGCCUUGGUUUCCCUGAACGUCUAUGUUUGUGUGUACACGCGCGCACACACACGCGCCUCGUGUUGUCUGCUCUGCUCUACUCGUUUUCCCCGUUAAGGUCUCCUUCCACACGUUGGACACCGUGGAGAUCACCAGCACCCUCCUCCACCUGUACCUGGAGCAGCCCAGCAUGUCUGGAACGAGCAACGCCUCGCUUCCAGGUGAGGCUGAGAGUCUGGAGCUCAGACCCGCAGGUGAGGUGCUGAGGCAGCUGGAGGAGAACAGGCCCAUUAAGAUGGCUAUAAUACUGGCUCUGGGGGUGAUGAUCACGCUGGGGAACAUCGCUGUGGUGAUGGUGAUCUCCUCAGCAGUGCCCGGAUGGUCCAGGAACUCUCGGUACUUUCUGCUGUCUCUGACCGGGGCUGACUCCGCCUUCGGGCUCGUGGUCAUGCCCCUGAACCUGUGCGUGAGCCUGCUGAAGCACUACAACGACGGGCCGGACCCGUUCUGCCACGUGGUGGCGUUCUUCAACGCGACCGUGUACUCCACCUGCAUGUACACGCUGGCCAGCAUCAGCCUCGAGCGCUACCUGGCCGUGUUCUACCCGCUGCAGUACAGUACCCUGCUCAGCCGCAGGAGGGCGCUCUCGCUCAUCGCUCUCGCCUGGGGCCUGCCACCUGUGCUGCUCUCGCCCGUCUCGUGGCCGCAGGGCAUCAUCCAGGUGCGCUUCUCGGCCGCGUCGCUCGUGUGUAACCCCGCCUACUCCAGCAACGUGGUGUACUCGCUCGCGCUCACCGCUUUGAUCUUCUUCCCCUGCUCCGCGAUCAUGACCUUCUGCAACCUGCGGCUCUGGACGGCCGCCAAAAGGCACCGGCUGAAGCUCAGGACCCGGACCCGGUCAUCACGGAACGGACCGGAUGUGGCGUCCCGAGUGCUGGUGCCGGUGAUGACCAUCUACUACACCUGCUGGACCCCCUGCAUGGUCAUCAUGAUCUACAACGCGAUGUCUGGCAGUGGUGUGCCGGAGUGGGUGGAGUUUGUCGCCGUGUGGCUGCCGACAUCCAACGGCUUCCUCAACUGCAUCUUCUACUUCUGGAUCAACAAAAACUUCAGGCGGAAGUUCCACCUGCUGCUCCACAAACUGUGCGUGGGACUGUGCCCGAGUGCGGAGAAGGUGCUGGGCUGUGCCAAGCCGCUGGAGCCGCUGGCGGUGCCGGCCUGGAACAACAACAACUCCCUGCACGAGCGAUCGUCCAGCGUGUCGUCCACGUGCACACUGCUCACCAUCGCCGCCGAGACCUACAUCUGACAGCUGACCAGUUCAGAUGAGCCUCAGAGUGGCUUCAGUUCUUGACUUCAGUUUGUGUCAGAACUCCAGAUCUGACCCAGAUAUGCUGAGAUGCUGGGAUGCAGGCGCCCACCGGGGUGACUGGUACACCUGCGGAUCUCACACACACAUGCUAAUGCUGCAGAACACUGAUGUGGAGUCAGGUAGGACCAGCUGUUAGGUUCAGAUUAAGCUAAAACUCCUCUAAAGGUUCUUCACGGCUUCAGUCAUGUUGCAUACUUUUAGCUCCUGGGCAGCUUGUGCCUUUUUACUUUCACUGCACUUAUUUUCAAUGAGAUUUAUUCCUGGUUUAUUUAGAUUUUUAGUUAUUAGUUAUUAUUAUUAGUUAUUUUUAGUAGGUCAGGCUUUUCUAGCAGUUUAAAGUGUUGUUAGAUGUUUUCAGGUGUUUUCAGUGCAGGUUUAUUAUAGGUCCAUUCAGUCAUCUUAUUUUUACAAAGGUAAUGCUUGAAUUCCGUGCAAUCAUUUUCUCUAAUCCAUUGGCCCAUAUUCAUAUAGCUUUUUAGAGUAUAAGUGUUAAUUUAAGAUCAGAUUAUGUCAGAAAGCAGGGAAAGUGGUCCAAAAUCCAGACCUAUUUCACACUUGGCUUGUGUACACUAAGUGCAUAGCUGUUUACACUCACCUUUAUUUUAAAUGCAUCUUCUGAGACCAUUUGUGAUCAGAUUUCUCAUUAUCAUGCAUUAUUGGUGAUCCAACACAAAAGUGCAUUCGCACCUGGCAUUUGUUUGAAUGUCUUCUGAGAUCAUUUGUAAUUAGAUGUUUCACUGUUGGAUCUGAUUUCCGCUGAGAGCAUAGCCAUUGUAAUUACUCGUAAUCAGAUUUUCACUGUCCAAUAUCCUUUCCAUUAAAGGUAUUGUCAUUCACGCCCAGCAUUUAUUUUAAAUGCGUCUAAUGUGACCACUUGUGAUUUGGAUUUCUCACCAUCUAAUCUCAUUUUCAUUAGAGAUAAAGCCAUUGUGAUCACUCGUAAUCAGAUUUUCACUGUCCAAUAUCAUUUCCGUUAAAAUGCGUCUAAUGUGACCAUUUGGGAUCAGAUUUUUCACUGUAUGAUCUCAUUUCCAAUAGAGGCAUAGCCAUUCACACUUGGUUUUUAUUUUAAAUGCAUCUACUGUGAGCAAACGUGUUCGGAUUUCUCACUGUCCGAUCUUAUUUCCGCUAAGGGCAUAGCUAUUGUGACCACUCAUAAUCAGAUUUUUCACCAUCCUAUCUCAUUUCCAAUAGAGUCAUAGCCAUUCGCACUUGGUAUUUAUGUUAAAUACGUCUCCUGUGACCACUUGUGAUCAGAUUUGUCACUGUCUGAUCUCAUUUCCCUUGGAGGAGGGGUCUGUUGCACACAACUAAGAGUUGUCCAGUUUAGAUUUGUAGUCGUGCACCAACCACAAGUGUCACCAUUAUCUAUUAUCUUGUUAUUGGACGGUGUGGUAUCACGGUAGUGGUCAUUAUGGGGACGCAUUGAGACGCUUUUGUGUUCACACUACAGUAUGCAUGUAUUUUGUGUGAUCGGAUCCUGUACUUUAUGUUGGCCGCUUCACUCAUUCAGGACCCAUGUUAAUAAUUGAUUUAUUAGACAGAUCUUAGAUCGGCACUUUUUGUAAAUAUCAGCCAGUGUUCUCUGGUCUUUUCUUAUCUCUAUGCCAGAGUCUGCCAUUGGUCCAGGAAGUUUAACCUUUACAUUUCAGUGCUGCUGUUUAUGCAGAUAGAAAGUAAUUAGGCACUUGCAUCACAGAAAAGUCAGUUCUGCUGUAUCUAACAUUUCCUAACAUUUCUUCUGCACUUUAUACACACUCCGCAGUGUGGACUGCGUUCAGGACCGUGUGUUGACCGUUGGGGAAUGUGUCCUGUAUAAACUAAUGAAAUGUUUGUAAAUUGUAAUAUAUUUUAAAUAUUGUAGUUGGUCGCUCUUGGUGUUGCCUUUCCGGAUCAGAUGAACUGAUCUAAAGGCUCGUUGUGAAUCGUACGAUUAUGUGUCUCUUAAAGUAAAGCCAUGUUUUCAAGUAUUGGGGAAUUGAGGAAAAUGUAAAAUAUAUAUUUGUAAAUAAUUUUAUUGUUUUGUAAAAAGAUCAUGUUUAAUGUUGGUGAUUUAUAAUGUGGUGUUGAAUGUUUUGUACUGUAAAAUAAAGCU